CUCCCCAUAACUUCUCCUGCUUUUAGCAUUUCAUAUUCUCAUUUUUUCUUCUCUGAAAACAAAGAAGCGCUACUGUUCCUUUUGGUCACAAACUACUCAAAAGAAAAAAAACAGAAAAAGAAAUGCAGCCUAGCUAUGGACUACCAAACAUCGAUCAUCAUCAUCAUCAACAACAACAACGGCAACAACAUUUGAUGGAAGAUGAUUAUUCCUGCUCACCAUCAGUUUUACCCAUUUCCAAUCUUCAAAAUUUGAACUAUCCUUACCAGCCCCACUUGCACCACCACCUCCAACAACAACAUAAACACCCACAUCAGGUUUUAUUGCAGCAACACCACCAGUUGUUUUAUCCAUUUCAACAACAACAACAGGUCCAGGGCCAAAGCCAAGACCAAGUUAACCCAUCAUUAUUUUCUGUGAAUUUCAAGUGGGGACGCGAUUACGAAGACAGUGGCUACAAAAAGGCUGGUGCUUUGAAUAAUCAAGAAGAAGCUGCCUCCACAACCACCAACACUACUACAUUUCUUGAUGGAAAUGUGCAUAGUAAUCCACCACAUCCCAUUUUAAUGCCUCAUUCUUGGCAUCCCCGAGAAGAUUCUACCACUAUCAAAGAACCCUUUUGGAAACAACUCAAUAAGCAGCUGAGUGGAAAUGAGGAGAAAGAAAUUAAUGAAAGCAAGACUAGUUACUUUAGCCCUUUAGACAUGGAACAAGUAGUUGAUGGAAGUAGUGAGGGGUGCAAGAAUUUGGAAAGCAAAUUUCCUCUCUUUAAUGAGCUUCAAGCUAUCUAUAGUCUUGCACAGAUUGCUGAAGCUAAUCAAACAGGCUCUGGUUCUGUUCUCACGUGCGACAAUUCACCAACGAAUGCGGGUCUUUCAAUACCUUGUAAUGCUUCAAAUGGGCAAAAUGUCGGUGCCUGUGGUGCUGCCAACAAUGUAAUUGGGGUUGAUCGUGGGUCAGAGAAUUCGAUUGGAGAGGAAGCUUCAUUGAGGAAAUGCCGAAGGAGGAAGAGAAAGGGGAAAUUGAAGGAGAAAUUAAAUUACAUAGCUGGGUUCUUUGAGAACUCGGUGAAGAAAGUGAUGAAUCACCAAGAAAUGUUGCAUAGGAAGUUCUUGGAAGUGAUUGAGAAAAUGGAUAAAGAAAGGGCAGAGAGAGAAGCAACAUGGAGACGCCAAGAGGCUGAAAAGUAUAGCAGAGAAGCCAUUUCUUUAGCACAUGAACGGGCUUCAGCUUCAAGUAGAGAGGCUCAAAUUAUUUCUUACAUAGAGAAGAUCACAGGCCAAAGUAUCAAUCUUACUAGAAUGGCUCCACCAUUGCUGCAACCAGAAAUUUCAAAUGAGCCCAUCAAAGAAAUUACACCCACGAAAACUGACAGCCAUAGCAAAUGGCCUAAAGAUGAAGUUGAGGCAUUGAUCCAAGUUAGAAGUAGAAUAGAGAUUAAGUUUCAAGAACCUGGCUUAAAGGGUCCUCUUUGGGAAGAGGUAAGCUUUUUAAUGAGUUCAAUGGGCUAUCAAAGAAGCGCCAAGAGGUGCAAAGAAAAGUGGGAGAACAUCAACAAAUACUUUCGAAAAGCCAGAGAAAGUCCAAAGAGGGGGUCUGCGCGAUCCAAAACUUGCUCUUAUUUUAAUCAAUUGGAUCAACUAUACUCAGGAACUCUCAUUAACUAUCCUGCUAACACUACUUAAAUGCCAUCAAGUGGCAUUGAGUUUGGCACCAAAAAGCAAGGCUAUACAGAGCUUUUUGAAGUCUUUUCUGUCAGGAGAGACUACCUUGCAAAUGUGAGGAAUCCCCUUGGUGUGAGCGUAAUAAGUUCUGACAUGGGUUCUUCGAGAUCUGAAUUCGAUGGAUUUUCUGACCAAAACACAGAACUAGAAGAAGGAAGCAGUGAGCAGGAUAUAGAAGCUUACAAAGAUGAUAAGCAAUAGGAUGGUGAGCAACAAAAUGGUGGUGUUGGUGGUGACGAAGAAAUCGAGAAUUGAGGGUAAGCGUUGUUGAAUAGAAUACCAUGUUCAUAUCAGUUUUAUUUGCAAGUUUGUUCUUCUUAAAUACUUUCGAUGAAUUUGAGGCAAAUAGUAUUCAGCUCCUUUCUGCUAAUAUUUGUUCGACUUAGAAUUUCAAGUUUUGCUGGAACUGACUGUUCAUACUAGUAACAGAUUUUUUAUACUAAGCGAUAUAUAGUCAGUUAUUAGAGCUAAUUGUCAUAGAGGAGGAUGAAUUUCAUCGAAGCCACAACAACUUGUUCCAUUUUGAA